ACAGAUGAGUGCAGUGUUCUGUUGCACUCGGCUCUAGUUCUAAACCCAGCGGAGCUACGCUCCCAGUCCUCUGGCCUUAUUCUGUGACCAGGCCUGGGAACCGCGUCCCGAGGGGGCGGAUCCGGGGCGUGGGAACUGCAGUUAUAAGCGAAAGCUCUCCAGCUGGGUCAGCCGCGGUGGAAGCGGAAGGCUGCAGGGAGAGGAGGGGCAGCGCUGCAGAGCCAGGGCGGGGGCUAGCCCGGGGCAUCCUCUCCUCCGCCCCACCUCCACGGAUACAAAGGGUCCUCUGUCCUUGCUACAGCCGGUAGGGAAGGGAUCAGGGCGGUGGUUCCUUCCUCUGCGAUCCCUGGUCUUGUCUGCGAGGGAAACAGAUUAUGUGUGGCCCAGUGGCUGUCCUCCAUCUUUCAUUGUCGGUAAAGCUCAGGCGUAGAGUAGGAGCAACUCUGAGAUUCGGACCCCAGCCCGAAGCCACUGCGGCAGAGAGCUGUGGCUUCGAUUUCAGCCGCGCCAUCUGCGGGCGCAGCCACCCCGCACGCGGAGGGCAGCAGCGGAGGGCCCUUUAAGGGGCUGGGCCGGUGCUCUCGAAGGCCGCCUCCUCUGAUUUGAUUCCGCCCUAGGUGGACUGGCUUGCGCUGGGGCCAACUACUUUUUCUUCUUCCCGGCUCUUCCCCGCUGACCCCGGAAGUGGAAGUCGGUGCAGGUCGGCGGCCGCGGCGGGGACGGAAGGCGGAAGCAGAGCGUGAGCGGGAGGCGGAGCCGGGGGGCUGCUCUCGUAGCUCCUCCUGGCCCCGAGGCCCAGCUGCUCGAGGGGGAGGAGUUACUGCCGCUCUUCGGCACCAGAACUUACCAUGAUGGCUGUGACCUAAAACCCUCAGGAAGCCCCGGGGUCAUGGCCCAGAAGCACCCGGGAGAAAGAGGGUUAUGUGGAGCCCACCACAGCGGUGGUGCCUCCCUCAGGACUUUGGGACCCUCCGCGGAUCCUGAAAUACUCGCAUUCUCAGGACUCAGGGACUCAGCAGAGACUACUCCUAAUGGUACCCGCUGCUUUACAGAACACUCUGGUCCCAAGUACACACAACCCCCAAAUCCCGCCCACUGGUCGGAUCGAAGCCAUGGCUCCCCAAGGGGUCCAGGACCACCUAGGGAAGGAGAGGACCCUGAUCAUAGUGAGGCAUCUUCAGAAGAAGAGUCAGGAGUGGACCAGGAACUCUCUAAGAAUGAGGCUGGGUAUCAUGAGGAUGGGAGCCCUUCAUUUCUUUCCAUUCCAUCUGCCUGUAAUUGCCAGGGAACCCCUGGUAUCCCACAAGGGCCUUACUCUGAGGGAGGAGAUGGCUCUUCUAGCAACUUUUGCCACCAUUGUACCUCUCCAACCUUGGGGGAAGAUGAAUUGGAAGAGGAAUAUGAUGAUGAAGAACCUCUUAAAUUUCCAAGUGAAUUUUCACGCGUGUCCAGCGGAAAGAAACCACCAUCCCGGAGACAGCGGCACCGCUUUCUGACCAAGGAGGAUAAUCGGGAGAGUGGACGCCGAGACCCCAGGGUUCCUGGUCGCCAUCGGCUGGGCCGGAAACGAAGUCAGACAGAUAAGCGCAGAGGCCUGGGGUUGUGGGGAGCAGAAGAACUACGUCAGCUUGGACAGGCAGCCUUCUGGUGGUUGAUUGAACUGCUGGUUUUGGUGGGAGAGUACGUGGAAACUUGUGGCCAUCUCAUCUAUGCAUGCAGGCAACUGAAAGGCAGCGAUCUGGAAGUUUGUCGAGUUUGGCUGGGAGCCUGGGCAGGACGGUUGGGGGGCUGGGCCCAGGUAGUGUUCCAAUUUCUAAACCAGGGGUUUUACUGUGGGGCAGGGCUGUUCACCCGUUUUCUUAGGCUAAUGGGUGCUUUGCUGCUCCUGGGUCUGGCAAUCUUUUUGGGCUGUCUCCAGUUGGGCUGGCAGUUUCUGGUGGGCCUGGGUGACCGGUUAGGCUGGAGGGAUAAGGCCGUCUGGCUGUUUUCUUGGCUGGAUUCUCCCACCUUGCAGCGUUGCUUCACCUUGCUGAGAGAUAGUAGGCCAUGGCAGCAGCUGGUAAGAAUAGUUCAGCGGGGUUGGCUGGAGUUGCCUUGGUUCAAGCAGAGGACUAAUAGCCAAGGGAGUACACCUAUAGCUAGUGGGCGGUACUGCCAGCCUGAAGAGGAAGUGGCUCGACUCUUGACCAUGGCUGGGGUUCCUGAGGAUGAGCUAAACCCUUUCCAUGUGCUGGGGGUUGAAGCCACGGCAUCAGAUACCGAACUAAAGAAGGCCUAUAGGCAGCUGGCAGUGAUGGUUCAUCCUGAUAAAAAUCAUCAUCCCCGGGCUGAAGAGGCCUUCAAGGUUUUAAGGGCAGCUUGGGACAUUGUCAGCAACCCUGAAAGGCGGAAAGAAUAUGAGAUGAAACAAAUGGCAGAGAAUGAGCUGAGCCGGUCAGUGAAUGAGUUUCUGUCCAAGCUGCAAGAUGACCUCAAGGAAGCAAUGAAUACUAUGAUGUGUAGUCGAUGCCAAGGAAAGCAUAGGAGGUUUGAAAUGGACCGGGAACCUAAGAAUGCCAGAUACUGUGCUGAGUGUAAUAGGCUGCAUCCUGCUGAGGAAGGAGACUUUUGGGCAGAGUCAAGCAUGUUGGGGCUCAAGAUCACCUACUUUGCACUGAUGGAUGGAAAGGUCUAUGACAUCACAGAGUGGGCAGGAUGCCAACGUGUGGGAAUUUCCCCAGAUACCCACAGAGUUCCCUAUCACAUCUCAUUUGGCUCUCGGAUUCCAGGCACCAGUGGUCGGCAGAGAGCCCCCUCAGAUGCCCCUCGUGCUGAUCUUCAGGAUUUCUUGAGCCGAAUCUUUCAAGUACCCCCAGGCCAGAUGUCUAAUGGGAAGUUCUUUGCAGCUCCUCAGCCUGGCUCUGGCGCCACUUCAGCCUCCAAGCCCAACAGCACAGUACCCAAGGGAGAAGCCAAACCGAAGAGGCGGAAGAAAGUGAGGAGGCCCUUCCAACGUUGACUCCCCUUCUCUACUUUCCU